GCAUAGCGGGUGUCAUAGGAACAACACAAGUGGUGGAUAAACUAGGAAAAAUGCUGUCAUAUUCUAAGAAUCUUUUGAUUUAACCCACAUUAUCUCUGUUCCUACGGGAAAUAUUCCACUAUGUCAGGCAACGAACCCAUCAGCAUAGCUUCUGUCAGGGAUUACAUGUUAAAGAAUAACAGCCAAGUUAGGAAUCAUGACUUGGUCACUCAUUUUCGACAGCAACUCAACGACCCUGCCAACAAAAAUAAAGUUAGAGGCGAAUUCAAAGAGAUAGUACAUCAAUUGGCUACCGUCCAAGAAAUCAAUGGAGAGAAAUAUUUUGUCCUCAAGAAACCUAAAGAAGCACCAGCAGUUUUACGCAAGCCGCCCAGACAGCAUACCAGUCAUAAGAGCCACAAUAGACCAGUAUCUGGACCUCCCGUCAUGAGAAACACCAAGAUGUUUGAAGACAUGCUGGCAAACCAGAUGUCUAAAGGCCAUCCUCCAGGUACUCUGGGUUCUGUGGCUGAACAUGACAAGGAAAACAAGACUGGUGAUGUAAGGGGUCUGUCCAAAAGCUACAUGAUGAAGACAGCAUCUAUGGAUAGUAUUGAGUCGACAGGAAGUGGUGGUGGUAAUGAUGGAACAAAUAGGAAAAUAUCAGGAGCAAUGGGGAAUGAGAAUGAGGACAGGCUCUCACAGAUCUCUGUUGAUGAGUUGUUGGAUGAUCAGGAAAUUGAAGGGGAUGAUCUUCUACCUACAAUACAAUUAGAACCAAUAGAGAAAGAAUGGAUCUUAACGGCUGCACGAGGUAACAGAGCAAACAUCAUGUGUCUGUUGGAACAAGAUUCAAGUUUGGCAAAGAAAAAGACUGCAUUACACUGGGCUGCUAAACAUGGUAGAGAAGACAUUGUUGCUAUGUUGGCUGCAAAAGGGGCAGAUGUUAAUGCCAAAUCACAUGGGGGUUAUACACCAUUACAUCUUGCAAGUAUGCAUGGCAAUGACAAAGUCAUCAAGAUUUUGAUCGAGGAAUUUAAUGCCAACAUCAAUACACGUGACUACAGUGGACGAAAACCAAGACAAGUUGCCAAGAAGACACUGACCAUUGAAGCUCAAGGAUUACUGGAAAACAUUCUUUCUGACAAAGCUGCUGACGUAUCGUCUCCAGCCGGUGCGAUUCGUAAAAAAUCCCAUACCUCCAAACAAUAUUCUUCUGUAAACUCUAUUAUCACACCCAGUGCUGCAUUGGUUGGAUUCUAUGGAGGAGAACUUCCUAUGCAACAGUUAGAAACACCACCAGACAAACAGAGAGAUCGUGCGUCAUCGCUUGGUAAAUUCCUCCAUAAAAAAGACAAGAAAAAGCACAAAAAAGAACAGAGAGCAGCAACUGCUGAUAUUCCCCCGGAAUAUGCCACACCUUCGGCUGGUCUCUCUCCAUCUCUUCGCAAGCGCAUAGUACAGGGCCCUGGUGCUAAGUUGGAGACUAAUGUUGUACGCAGCAGUUUUCGUCGUCUCGUGGGAACGACACUAGAGAGAGGAUCAAGUCCCAAAGGCUUUGUAUCCAAUGCGGUUUGAGCUACCUACCUUAAACAAUAAACACAAGUCGACCAGUGCCAAUAAACCUAGUAACAGUUUUGAUAGAAUGUUGAACUAUAUAUUUUCUUCUGUUAAGAACAUGAAGAUUUACUUCCCUAUUAAAAUUUAAACCAAUUUGAAUAACGUAUUUAUUAAAGGUAUUAUUUUUAUAAAAUGAAUACUUAAAAACCUUUAACCGCUGACCUAAACUUCAUAAAAAUAUCUUUGUUAUCAAAUAACUAAAACAUUAAAGAAAUUAAGUAAACACCCGCCCUUGGCUACUACCACUUUGCUCUCCACAGGCAGCCCAAACUCAAUUUCUAAAACUCCAAGCAUCCAAAAUGUGGAAACAAAUUAUUUCGGUUCACCCAAAUCUAUGAGCAUUGCUAUAGAAGCGUAGCCUAGCUUCAAUAUAUCCACUCCAUACUGUUUGGGCUGCCUGUGGACCUCUCUUUAAUUUGCGUCUUUGACUGUAUAGAAACUGUGUUAGAUCCUAGUUAUACAUAGUGAUAACAUAAUAUAUUUAUAAAUCACGUGGUUGGAUGUACGUUUCUACAGGCUUCUGAUAGGGUCACCUCAACAGCUGCAGAAAGUAGAGGAUGAGAGACGAGAAAACGAACGAGAGGCCAUGAUGCACCGAACACAUUCAGAUCCAAACUUUCGCCUGACCUCGGACAUCUAACCACACUGAAUAUUCAUCAAUAUUUUACCAAUCAGUACAAGGUAUUUUGUACGCACUGCUUAUAUGUCUUGGGGCACCUGGAAUAACUGUAAUUAGCUAUACCGAAGUUCGAGAGAAAACUGGAUCGAGAUGACAUUGCAGCGCACUGUGACAUUGUUUUGAGGGACAUAUUUUUWAAAUGGCGCCUUCUUCCCCUAAAACAGCCCCAUAGUGAAUGAAAUGCCAAAUCGACCAAGUUAUUUUUUGAAACUCGGAAUGGCCAACAAUUAUUGCAUAAACAAAGUAUGUUGUAAUGCAGGCUUAGUGUUUAGAGACACGUGUAUCACAUCACUGCAUUAUGUUCAGUUUGUCAGAUUAUAAGCUGUUCCGAGGUUGAGGAAGAAACUGGGUCGAGUUGGUAUUGCAGUGCAUGGUGGGACUGUUUUAGGGGACAUAUUUCCAAGAUGGCGUCUAUUUCGUCCCCUUAACCACAAUGCACUGUGAUGCGAACUCGACCCAGUUUCUUCCUGAACCACGGAAUGGCUAAUGCACUAUGCUGCGGGCAGGAACAGUCCGGUGUGCCGUUAACAAGGGUUGUACGGUUCCAUCAGUCGUGUAUUCCACGUCCCGUGACAUGAAAGCGAUAAGGAAUUUUAUAGCGAGGUGAAUUCUCUGUUCCUCUUCUUGAUAACCCUUUCACUACUACCAGAACCCUUUUCGUGCUCUGAGCUUUCCGUUAUUAGUCUAAUGAUCGCCAUUACGUAUUACCUUACUUCAAAAAUAAUAAAAACAUUUAGAGGGAAAGAAAGAGUUCUGGUGGGGGAAUGGAGAAUCGGGAAGUGUGAGACUUUUUAUACAAUUAGCUGUCACACAAUUUUUUUUAGGAAUUAUAAUUUUUUACAAAACUAGUCGGCCGUUUUUCUUAUUUUAAAUAAAUGUUAAAGCUAACUUAUUAAGUUGUUCAAAGAACUAGUUCUUAGUGUUGCUGGUUUGCUAACGAAAAAGUAAAGUUGGGAUUUUUGAUAACUGAAUAAUUUGCUGCGAAAAAAAUAUCAAUUAUAUAAUAGGGAGUAUAGCGGAUUUUGAAAAAAACUUCCUAAAAUCGCGCCUUAACUUUACCAGGAGUCUGAAGUUAUGGUUAAAAAAGACUAGCAAAUUUGACAGGAAAUUGUUGAGUGAAAGGCUAUGUUUAUCCUAACUCCUUACAUUCCCUUGUAAACCUUGUUUGGGCUACCUGUGUAUAACCCAGUCAAUACGAUGCUGCCCACGCAACGACCUACACUCUUUCUGUCGAGACAUGCAUCGGAAGGUAUUUAUCAAUUGCAAGUACUGAUCCUGGUAUGUCUGUUUUUACAUACCUAGUACUUGCCUGGGAUAGGCAGCAAGGGGAAAUGCUUGUCUCGUGUUUUUUUGUGCUUAUCGGAUGAUAAUCCAAGGGAUUGUUCGUGAUGGUAGAUUAUAAGGCCAUACUACACUCCACCCAUGUUGUACUAUAGUUGCGACCCUGAACGACAGAUUAGAGGGUUGUUGUGAGGACAGAAAUUCCUGUAAUACUGAGUAUAUCUUUAGAUGUAAGUCUUUUAUUGUAAAAAAGAAAUAUCGAUAGAAAAAAAAGGUAAUUUUACAAAAA